CAUCGACAUCCGCUCAGAAACCAUACCUCACCAAAUACGAAGCAACUCGGCACAACCCCGGCAGGCGCGUCCUUCCCAACGAUCCUUGGAAACAUCCUCACAAUUGCUUCAACACCAUGAGAUGGUGAUGCCCUUACGAUAACAGCAAUGCCAAUCUGCAUUGAGUGCCGGUACCCAGUCAAGACUCUCUACACCGAAUACUCCGGUGCAGACGACAAAACCACAGGUCAUGGCGUCCGUCUAACCGUCUGUAAGAACUGCGGGAGGUUCUGCGAUAAAUAUGUCGAACAUGAUUAUGUGGUUCUAUUCAUUGAUUUGGUUUUGAUCAAACCACAGGUAUGUCAUUUCCAAAUUAUAUAUGGUUGCGUAGCUAAUUAUGGACGAAGGUUUAUCGCCAUCUUCUACAUAAUACUAUGAUGCGAGAACAUGACCAAUUCGAUGUAUUACCCUCCGCUCCUCGUCGAAGCCACGAUAUACUGACAGAAUUAGCCUUCUAUAAUACGCCUUGGAAUACUUCUCCUGCUCUUCGAUGUCUACCUCACCUGGGCCCGCAUUGAGAAACAGACUACAUCCCCUUUUGCUAAUGAAGCAAGCAAUAAUAACUUUCUCCGUCUGGCGCAACAACCUAUUGUCCUGCAAUACGUCUUCUUCCGUAUGCCAACUUUCUUUCCCUCGGGUCUCGCUUCGGGACAUGUCUAACAGCUUUCAGUAAUCCUUUGCGCACUUUCAACCCUAGCUUUCCACGUCUCAAUCCGCUUCCUGACUUCCUCGCCAAUAUCCCCCCUCGUAAUGUUCGGCCUCAUACCACGUUACUCACGUCCCAACUCCGUCAGCACAGCAUUGCUCGUCUCCUCGUCUACGAAGUUAUUUCCCAUACUGAUGGUUAUAUGGGAAUACGAUGUCCCGGCAGCAGCCAGGUCGUUGGGGUGGGCAGUGGUUGCAAACAACGUGGAAGCGUUGAAGAUUUUAUUGGAUUGUGGCUAUGGGACUGCUGCUAUACUGGCUACCGUUGGGGCAAUAUCUCGAUGGCUAGUUGGGAGGGGAUGUUUGUGGGCUGUAGGUUUGGAUGGGGUUGAUGCCGGGGGAGAUUCCGGGGUUGCUGCGGAUGGAAAGGCAUUAUGGGCAGUGGUAGAAUUAGGGAAAGAAUGGGGUGGUAGGUUAGGUCUUGGGUAG